AGUUCCAAAUGUUGGAUCCGAAAAAGUUUCUCUCCAAAACCAAUGGCUACCGCGUGACUGGGUCCCUGCCCGUCGUCAACAGCGCUUUCAUGCUCAGCAGACCUUUGGUCCAGUUCAACAGCCCGACGGACCAACUCGCAACUUCGUUAUGCGAUACAGGGAAGAGUUCGUGAGGCUGCCUGCUGCCCAGCAAGUUGACUGUGUUUUCGUGUCGAUUGACGCCCCUUCUUCGUCGGCUGCGGGCCCCAAACUGCGCCAAGAUCAGCCGGCCAGAGCGGGUGGAAAGAGGAAGCAAUUGGCGACUGCCCCUUCUUCGUCGGUUGCGGUUGUCCAGGCUCUGCCCGCUCCAGUUCCGCCCUCGGAUCGGCAAGGUCGCGAUGAGGCCGAGCAGUCCAGCGAGGCCACAGACUACAACGACGGAGCUCUGCGGUAUCGGGCUGGUUCCCAGCAUCGUUCCCGGGGAGGUGCAGAUGCCUUCGAUGAUGAGGAAUGCGAGGGCCAAGAUGGGGAGGGCGGUGGUUGGGAUGGGGAGGGCGGUGGUGAGGAGGGGGAGGGCGGUGGUGAGGGGGAUGACGGUAACGAAGGAGAUGCUGAAGGUGAGGAUGAUGACAUGGACGAGGAGAGAGACGAUGUUGGUGAGGAAGUCAAAGACAAUCGCUCCUCCCAAUUUCAGCAUCGCCACAAGAAUGAAUCGCGGGGGCGCCGUGAGGAUGACGCCUGCCGCGUCGGUGAUGCGGUCGAUGCUGGUGGCCAGCCUGUGGCCUCCCGCAGAAUGUCGCAGUCCUAUAACCAGACGAAGGAUGGGAGAGACGAAUCUGGCUCACGGGGAAAGAAAAAGAGGGGAGAAGCGUCGACCUUUCCUGCGAGUCGAACAAAACAGGCGAGGGCCGACGCCGUGAAUGAAGCUCGCGGAGCGUCGACGACAUCCCAGGAAGCGCGGGUUCCUCGAAAAACUGGUGGGGGGGGGCGAAGUGGCGGUCGUGGCGGCGGUCGCGGCGGCGGUAGGAAAGGCUCGCAGAGGUCCAGGGCACCUGAGCUGCGGGACUCGGGGGAUGAGGGCGAGGGGGUGGGGCCUCGCAUGCCCGAAGACAUUGAAGAGCUGGUUCAACACGCCGCGCCCCUCGACACGACACAAUGUUUCUUCCUCGAAUACGACGAACAGGGCUUCGCCAGGCAAGACGUCCGUGUUUUUACCGUCGACGUUAAUAGGAUCAAACCCAUUCCCCAUGGGAGGAUCCUUUUUAACCACCGUUCGUUAUCUGAGAAUAUUGUGAGAGGCAUCGAGAGUGCCAUAGAAAGCUCCAUUAGUGCUGACCCGGGGGUGUGGGAUAGACCUGAGCUCAUUCUUGCACCGGUUGACCCCAACGUCAUCGUCGGCGGGCAGGGAAGGCGAAUCACGCCAGACGAGUUCUUCCAAAGAGACUCUGCAGAGUUUGGCUGGUACGCUGUUUGCGGUCAGCAUACUGCCGAGGCCAUGAAACGGUUGGUUGCAAAGAAAUCCCCCGCGGUUAAAGUCUACGGCCUCCGCGCGUACUCUAAAGUGCGAGUCAUCUUUUUCCACGAUGACCACACACGCGGGUACUUCAAUGUCUCCCUCUUUGACAACACACGGGAGAAUCGCACCAUGAUGUUAUCCUUCCAGGACGCUGUGCGUGAUAUGAGGCAAUGGUGGAUCGACAACAACAGGAUCGAGGCACCCAAAGCUAAGGUCAGCGAGACAGAUGCCGUCGCCGUUGCGCAUCAGAAAAUGUGGCAGAACUUCCUGAGGGCCUGCAUGGGGAAGGCGUGCGACAAGGCGUUUGUGAAACAGGCACUCGACAACGAAUACAACAAGGAUUGGAGUAACAAACUUGGAGGUACCUGAACCUCGCCACGUCCACCCGCACGGUUUGGUCGCUGGUGGAGAAGUUCUUCGCGAUGUUCGAGGAGGGUAAACUGCCAAUCG